GAUCGAUAUGUGAAGUGGUCUGUUCACGGUUGGGAAUUUAGGGCAGAGUCGAGAGCUUUUCUGAAGGAGAGGAGGGAAGAUGGUGAAAGUGUCAACUUUCUUCGCUAUGUCGCUGGGCGCUUUCCUCUUCUGGCAGUCCAUGGACAAGCUCCAUGUCUGGAUUGCUCUUCGCCAGGAUGAAAAGCAAGAAAGAAUGGAAAGAGAGGCCGAGAUACGGAGGGUUAGAGGAGAACUGUUGCAGCAACAAGCAAAGCAAGAAGAUUCUCUAGCAUAAAAUUCAUGUCACAAUGCGAGUAGCAUUUUCCUGUGAACUUUCAUUAUCAUUGCUGUUUCUUCUUGCAUUGUUUUUGUCAAGUUGACAGAGUUUUCAUAACAUAUGACCUGUGUAUUAAACUGAUGAAUUUGUAAUAUCACGGGCAAAAAUCUGCAUUGUUCUUCCUUUCUA